AUCGUACAUCUGGGAGCGCGGCGAGGGACGGCGGACGUCAACAAGGCUGUGCGGGACGCUGUCAGCUGUCCCUGUGCUCUGCUCCUCUUCCCCGCGAAGGUCCACCCUCAAGGCCGCCACACAGGAGCCUGGUGAGGUGGAGGAGGAGGACGAGGCGCUGGCGGGGCGUGACACAGCCUGAAGGAGGAGCUGAGGAACAAAGUUGGUUGUGGAGGAUCAGUGAUAACGUCCUCCUGGAGAUACUGUUUAGAAAGUGAUAAGAUUGUGGUGGAGGGUUACCAAUUCAUGGCCUUGACUCAGGAGAAGUCAAUGUGCAGAAUAAACUUGAAGUCAUACAGGUGCCAGUAAUCAUGGAUGGACUAAAGCUUGCUACCCCCACCACCACUGGCCUGGAGGCUAAGGGGGCCCCACAAACCACCCUGGAGCAGGAGACCAACCAACGAGUGGAGGAAAUCCUGCCCACUGAGGGGAAUAAAACACCGUCACACACGAACAAUGUGAGGAAUGAGCCGAGGGAGCAGAAUGGUGUGAAGCAUGAAGGGAACAACAUUAAGCAGGAAGUCAAACGUGAGGACUCGGAUGAAGAACUCAGGAAAUACAACCGGAAGAUCCCUCAGGAGCGUUCAGCUGUCAAGAAGGAUGAGAUUGAUGCACACUAUGAUAAGUUGCCGUGGGUGUUCGGGGCUCUGGGUCGUGUCUUCAACCUGGGCAUCAGCUAUGGGCCACAGUUUGCACCCAUCAGGAUCCCUCUCCGCCGCCGCAAGCAGACCUUCGCUGUGCUCUUCUGGAUGUCCACCUUCCUCUUCAUGGGGACCGGCUCACUCUUCUUCCUCCUCUACCUCUUCUUCUACACACAGUACUGGUGGGUGUCCCUGUGCUACCUCACCUGGUUCAUCGGCGACCGCUCCGUCUGCAACCGUGGCGGCCGCAGGAUUGAGUGGCUGCGUCGGUGGCCUCUCUGGAAGCACUACCGUGACUUCUUCCCAGUUCACCUGAUCAAGACUGCCGAGCUGGACCCCUCCAAGAACUACAUCAUGGGCUACCACCCCCACGGCAUCCUCUCAGCUGGCGCCUUCUGCCACUUUGCCACCGAGGGCACUAACUUCAGCAAGACCUAUCCGGGCUUCACUCCCCAUCUACUUACCCUGGAGGGACACUUCCUCCUCCCCUUCUACAGAGAGUUCUUCAUGGCUUCGGGUGCCGUGAGUGCCACUCGGGAGAGCAUGGACUACCUGUUGGGGAGUGAGGCAACUGGCCGAGCCCUCUGCCUAGUGGUUGGAGGAGCCAAGGAGUCCUUGGACUGCCACCCCGGAACUGUCUGCCUCCACCUUAAAAAGCGCAAAGGAUUCUGCAAAAUGGCUCUCAGGCAUGGUACCUCACUUGUGCCAAUGUUUUCCUUUGGAGAAAACGAAAUCUAUGACCAAGUAGCAAACCCUGAAGGUUCCCUCAUUCGCCGAGUCCAAAACACUCUCCAGAACAUCAUUGGACUUGCUCCGUGUGUGUUCAUAGGACGUGGUGUCUUCCAGUACAGUCUUGGCAUUGUCCCCUUCCGCAAGCCCAUCUAUACUGUAGUUGGUUCUGCCAUUGAUGUGCCACUUGUGAAGAACCCAACCAAGGAGCAGAUUGUGGGGCUGCAUGAAAAGUAUGUGAAGGCCGUGGUGGACCUGUACAACAAGUACAAACACAAGUACUCGGAGUUCCCUGAAGCUGAAAUAAAAAUUGUUUGAACAAGCAUCACUCCUCCCCACCCUCCACUGCAGUCUACUGCCACUGCUACCUUGAUAAUGAAGCUGUUGUCCAAGGUGUCUUAUAAUACUACAUCCUUACUACUAGUAGCAUACAUUCCAGAAACAAACAUUAAUAAGGUAAGCUAAAAAUUGUGAUAAUCCAUUUUACUCAUGUACCUUGUAUUGAUUAUACUCAACUCAGCAGUCUCUCUUUCUCUCUCACACACACACACACACACACACACACACACAACACAUACUAAGGAACAGCAUACAUGUAUAAAAAUAAUUUUUAGAUAUGACUUACAGUGUCUCAAAGGAUAUAUAUAUAUA